CCCCCCCCCCCCCACGCGAGAAUUCUCCGACGAUUUCGUGACUCUUAGACGGGCGACUGUUCCACCGUCUACCACCAAGCGGUGGUACAGCCGUGGUCGUCAAGAUGUUCUCCUCUUUCAUUCGCGGGGUAUCCUCGGUCAAGUCGCAAGUGCCACUAUUAAGGAACCUUCGCCUCAACUACAUCUUGUUACACUAUAUCUAUAUCAUUGCGAUGACCCUAAUCACCUCGGUUAUCGUUUACCCGGGAAGCGACAUUGCUUAUAUCGAUGCGCUCUUCUUCUCAGCAGGGGCCGCCACGCAGAGUGGACUGAAUACGGUUGACUUCAACCUGUUGAGAACAUAUCAGCAGGUGGUGCUCUACUGGGUCUCCAUGCUGACAACCCCCAUUUUCAUCAAUACGGUUCUCGUCUUUGUCCGACUUUACUGGUUUGAGAAGCGGUUUCAGCACGUCGCUCGUGAUGCUCGAGCUUUGCGCCAAACCCGGUCUAGAAUGCGGACCAUUAGCGAAGACAAGGAUAACCAGAGUCAUGACCGGGAAGAGGCCGGCGUCGGGGGUCGCGCCAUUGUUGUGGUGCGCAAUAAUCAGGGGGAGGCCCAGGACCGUGAGCAACAAGACGCUAUCUAUAAAACACCAUCCGAAAGUGACUCGGGGCCAAGUUCGUCAGCGGCCAGAGAUGAGAGUGGCCAUACCUCCGAGCAAGAAUCCGAUUCCAACAACAACCUGAGGCGAGGGUUUGGGAGUCUCCGGGUUCCAGCCCAAUUGAGCCCCGAACAACACAUUGCCUUCUUGGAAAACCAACGGAGGCCCAAGGGUGCAUUGCGAAUUCCCAGUCCGAGGGAAUAUGACCGUGGUGGCGUCCCCGAGGCCUUGGAAGAAGAGGGGGUUGAAGGGGUAGAAGCCGUUCGCGAGACCAGCAAUCAAUCCGACGAUCCACCGAGCCCACGCCAUGUGGAGGAGGAUGACGAGGUAGGGCCGAUGGAGGGUCCGCAUAUUACCAUCAACGAGCCGGAUAUGAUCCGGACACGGACGAGGAAUUCCACCUUCCCCCGGUUAGACACCCGUCCAACCGUGCGCGAAACGAGGGACUUCGGCGAUCCGUCGCCUCUGGCCCGCACCACUACCCGGAGACCCACGUUCACUGGCGUGUUUCGGUCCCUGACGCAGGAGAGAGAUCGGAACACGCUUCCAUAUUUGAGCUGGAAUGCGACGGUCGGCCGUAAUUCCCAGUUCGUUGAUUUGAGCGAGGAACAACGGGAUGAGCUGGGAGGCAUCGAAUAUCGAGCACUCAAAACAUUGGCGGUCGUAUUGAUCUCGUACUAUGUCUUCUUCCAUCUGCUGGGGAUCAUCUGCUUAGUGCCAUGGAUCAUGACGACCCGGUGGGGUGCGGUCGUCACCAAUAUUGGGCAGGGACGACCUUGGUGGGCUAUCUUCACGGCUGCGUCCUCUUUCAACGAUGUGGGGUUCUCCAUCACCCCUGACUCGAUGAGUUCCUUCCAAGAAGCUAUCUUUCCCUUGCUUCUGUUGGCCUUCCUCAUCAUUAUCGGCAACACAGGCUUCCCCUGUAUGUUGCGAUUGAUCAUCUGGCUAUUGUCCAAGCUUGUGCGAAAAGAAUCUCCCUUGUGGGAGGAACUGAGGUUCCUCUUAGAUCAUCCUCGUCGCUGCUUCACCCUUCUCUUUCCCCGCAAUGCUACCUGGUGGCUGUUCGCAAUCCUGGUGGCAUUGAACGGUAUUGACUUGAUCUUUUUUAUUAUUCUGGACCUGAAAGAUUCGGCGGUCACCUCACUAUCUACCGGUAUCAAAAUCCUAGACGGCCUUUACCAGGCCGCGUGCACACGUACUGCAGGCUUUGCCGUCGUCACCAUAUCAGAAUUACACCCCGCUGUCCAGGUAUCCUACAUGAUCAUGAUGUAUAUCUCCGUUUUUCCAAUUGCCAUCUCUCUCCGGCGAACCAAUGUCUAUGAAGAGCAAAGUCUCGGGGUCUACCCUGCAGAGGAAGAUGACAACGAAGAAAACCAGACCGCGCCGAGUUAUAUUGGGGCUCACUUGCGGCGACAGCUGAGCUUCGACUUAUGGUACGUGUUCUUGGGCUUGUUUGUGAUCACUAUUGUAGAAGGAGGGCGCCUGGAGCGUCAGGACGAUUACUCUUUUCAAAUCUGGUCUGUUCUUUUCGAGGUCGUCUCCGCCUAUGGCACCGUCGGUUUGUCCAUGGGGUACCCAGGAGUCAAUGCAUCUUUCGCGAGUCAGUUUCAAACCUUGUCAAAGUUGGUUAUUAUCGCCAUGCAAAUUCGUGGUCGGCAUCGUGGUCUCCCCUAUUCACUGGACCGUGCCAUCUUGCUUCCAUCGGAGGCUUUGAACCACCAUGAAAUUGCAGAUGCCGAGCGUCGAAUGCGCCGCCGUGCCUCUAAUCUCAGCCAGAUGUCUACGGAUCGCCGGCUGUCCCAGACGCAGGAGAACGGCAUGUCUACCGGGCAUGAUCCCCGAGAUAAAAACACAUCCCCAUGGUUCAGUGGGAGCCCUAUCAUGCGUCGCCAGUCUACCAUGCGUUCCCAAAGAUCUCAGCGGUAGGACUUCGGCUAAUAUAAAAUAGAUCAAUUUUCUUGAAAGCUCCCUUUUCUUUUAUUGUGACCCUCACUCCAAUGGUCUUAAUCUUAUCUGAUUGGGUGUAACAUUUGCUUUCGGUGUUCUAGACCUUCUGUUACUGGGAUACAUUUGUCUUUUGAGCGUCGUGUCUGCCUUUUAGCGUAUCAUUGCUUGAGCGUCUACAAUGCUUUCCUUCCUAGGGCUGUAUAAUGUGGUUUUGUGCGGCAAUUUCGGAGGCUAGUUUUCUCUUCUUGUAUAUGUCCAAUUUAAGAUCAUGCAGCGGGCUGCGUGACUGAUUCUGAACGAAAUGUUUACUGUAUUAUAAGACAUCCCGCCGAUUACAAACAUCCAGGCGACCCACUGCACAAUGUGACCACCUGCCAAAGGCAUUCGAAUUAGCCAUCCCAGCGGUACAUAAGGUGCCUUAUUUGACAAGCCUUUAGAGACAAC